CCUUUUCGGUAAAUCGAGAGGCGAAUAUACCAAUGAACCACUGACUCGUCAUCUCCGUCAUCCGUCUUCUCAGUUUGUAAAAACCCUCCUCAGAAUACCCCUUCCAGGAUUAUCCACAACACCAGUAAGCAAUGGCGCUCUCGUUUACAUCUCUGUCAAACGUUGGUUCGCUCUCAGCCUCCCGAAGUAUCUCGCCGGUGAAAGCCGUGCAUACCUCUUCUUUGAGUUCUACGAAGCUUGGUAAAUCUACGUUAUUAGCAUCUUCGAGCUUUCUAUCCAACUCGCUGCGGCUGUCGUCUUCAACUAACCCUCCGUUUCUAAGGAAAUCCGGUGGUCUGACUGGCACCGUUAGGGCUAGUGCUCAGGAGGUGGCUACACAGGCAAAAGUAACAAACAAAGUAUUUUUUGAUAUAAGCAUUGGCAAUCCAGUGGGAAAACUUGCAGGAAGAGUUGUGAUUGGACUCUUUGGUGAUGAUGUGCCCCAAACUGCUGAAAAUUUCCGUGCUCUAUGUACAGGAGAGAAAGGUUUUGGCUACAAGGGUUCUGCAUUCCAUCGUGUCAUCAAGGAUUUCAUGAUUCAAGGAGGCGACUUUGACAAGGGAAAUGGCACUGGUGGAAAGAGCAUAUAUGGUAGAACAUUCAAGGAUGAAAACUUCAACUUGGUUCAUACUGGACCUGGAAUUGUUAGCAUGGCAAAUGCAGGACCCAAUACUAAUGGAAGUCAAUUCUUCAUAUGCACAGUCAAGACACCAUGGUUGGAUCAGAGGCAUGUGGUGUUUGGACAAGUUCUUGAGGGAAUGGACAUAGUGAAGCUGAUUGAGUCACAGCAGACAGACAGAGGUGAUCGCCCUGUAAAGAGAGUGGUUAUCAGUGAUUGUGGGGAGCUUCCAUUGGUUUAAAAUCAAGUAAAACUUCAAAGUGUUCAUUUUGUACUUGUUAUUGUAGCUUUUUUUUUUUCUAAGGCAGAGAGAGUAUUACUGAAAUGAAGACAACGAGGCGCGUUUCCUUAGACAAAUCGACUGUUUGAGUUUUCAUGUAAAACAACCACUCGUAUACUGUUUCAUAAAACAGGUUUCAUUGAAAUAAUGAGUGGCCUAUUUCAGUUUCUA